UUGCUUUGGAAAAUACACAACAGCUCAGCACCAAAGUUCACAUUGAAACCCUGCUGGUGACCCUGUCUGAUUUUAUCUCUCUACCACCACUGCACAGAAGCACAGCGCUUUAGCUUUGCAAAAAUGAAACAUUCAUUCUACCCCCUUCUUGUUUCUCUCAUCAUAACAUCUGUGUGUGUUGGGAGCAAAGGCCUUGCUGAGCAGCUAAAAAAUGAAAACUUGAGUAUGCCCCUUCUGCCUGCUGAUUUCCACAAAGAAAACACAGUCACAAAUGACUGGAUUCUAGAUGGGGAGGAGGAUGAAGACUAUCUGGACCUAGAGAAGAUAUUCAGUGAAGAUGAUGACUACAUUUACAUCAUUGAUGCUGUUUCUCCAACAGAUUCAGAAUCAAGUGCAGGGAACAUCCUGCAGCUUUUCCAAGGCAAGAGCCGGAUCCAGCGUCUUAACAUCCUCAAUGCAAAGUUUGCCUUCAACCUUUACCGGGUAUUGAAGGACCAGGCUACUCCUUCUGAUAACGUCUUCAUAGCACCUGUUGGCAUUUCUACAGCGAUGGGGAUGAUCUCCUUAGGCCUGAGAGGAAAGACCCAUGAGGAGGUGCACUCGGUUCUACAUUUUAAAGACUUUGUCAAUGCUAGCAGCAAGUAUGAGAUCACCACCAUUCAUAAUCUCUUCCGAAAGCUCACUCAUCGCCUCUUUAGGAGGAACUUCGGGUACACGCUCCGGUCAGUUAAUGACCUUUACAUUCAGAAGCAGUUUCCGUUACAGGAGGACUUCAAAGCUAAAGUCAGAGAGUUUUACUUUGCUGAGGCACAGGUGGCUGACUUCUCAGAUCCUGCCUUCACAUCAAAGGCAAACAAUCACAUUCUAAAGCUCACCAAGGGACUCAUAAAAGAAGCUCUUGAGAAUAUAGACCCUGCUACUCAGAUGAUGAUUCUAAACUGCAUCUACUUCAAAGGAACUUGGGUAAAUAAAUUCCCAGUAGAAAUGACACACAAUCACAACUUCCGGCUGAAUGAGCGAGAGGUGGUCAAAGUCUCCAUGAUGCAGACCAAAGGGAACUUCCUUGCAGCAAAUGAUCAGGAGCUAGACUGUGACAUUCUCCAGUUGGAGUACGUAGGGGGUAUCAGCAUGCUAAUUGUGGUCCCACACAAGCUGUCGGGGAUGAAGACCCUUGAAGCGCAGCUGACACCCCAGGUUGUAGAGAGAUGGCAAAAAAGCAUGACCAACAGAACUCGAGAGGUGCUUCUGCCCAAGUUUAAGCUUGAGAAGAACUACAACCUGGUGGAAGCCCUGAAGUCCAUGGGGAUCACAGAGCUGUUCAACAAAAAUGGCAACAUGUCAGGCAUCUCAGACCAAAGGAUCACCAUUGACUUGUUCAAGCACCAAGGCACCAUCACAGUGAAUGAAGAGGGCACCCAAGCUGCAGCUGUUACCACAGUGGGUUUCAUGCCUCUGUCUACUCAAGUCCGCUUCACUGUUGACCGUCCCUUCCUGUUUCUAGUGUAUGAGCACCGCACCAGUUGCCUCCUGUUCAUGGGAAGAGUGGCAAACCCUGUCAAGUCUUAAUGGUGGCAGUCUGGGCUCCUGGUGUGUUUUGGGGACACUUUGCAAUUCUGUUCCCAUUCUAACAAUAAGGACAGACUACUUCAGCAUCAUAACUUCUGUGGCUUAUGCUAACAAGCCUAAUUUAAGGCCCAUAUAGGAGAAGAAAUUUACCAAGGACUGAGAAGCUAACAGUAAAUAAUGCCGUAAGUCCAUAGGAGUUAAUGUAAUUAAUAUGCUAGCUAUUCCCUAGAGGUCUCAGCAACACAGACUGCCUCCAUCUGCCUUGAAGGGAAAACCGACAGAGGGUACCUGGACAUCUUCUCCACAAGCAGCUUCGUCAGCCUAUUGCUCGAGGCCUUUUCUCAAUCAAAUCCCUCAUCUGAAUGGAACACAAGAGUUGCAUGAUUACUUUCUUACCUCUCCCAGAGAGGAUGCCUAACUAGCACCAUUCCUGCUAGAAGAGACAGACCUUGAGAUAUAUAUACAGGGUGCCUGAAAUACUGGGGCCUAAUUCUCUCAAGGCCUAAUUUUCCAAAUCCAUGCAAAUGUUAUCUCUCUUUUCCUGUUGCCUCAUUGUUACCUAUGCAUAUAUACAAGGCUACACCUUCUGUUCUAGAGAUAAAUAAACAUAGCCACAUUUACUGUGUA